AUGGCCAAGAUGGAGGUGAAAACGUCACUGCUGGACAAUAUGAUUGGAGUUGGAGAUAUGGUUCUUUUAGAACCUCUCGAUGAGGACACCGUCAUUGACAACCUCAAGAAGCGCUUUGACCACAAUGAGAUAUAUACAUACAUUGGAAGUGUGGUUAUAUCCGUUAACCCAUACCGGUCAUUGCCCAUUUAUUCACCAGAGAAAGUGGAAGAUUACAGGAACAGAAAUUUCUAUGAACUGAGCCCUCAUAUCUUUGCCCUGUCAGAUGAAGCAUACAGAUCCCUAAGAGAUCAAGAUAAAGACCAGUGUAUUCUGAUUACUGGGGAAAGCGGAGCAGGAAAAACAGAGGCCAGCAAGCUUGUUAUGUCCUACGUGGCAGCUGUUUGUGGAAAAGGAGCAGAAGUUAAUCAAGUCAAAGAACAGCUUUUACAGUCCAACCCAGUUCUGGAAGCGUUUGGAAAUGCCAAGACUGUAAGGAAUGACAACUCCUCUAGAUUUGGCAAAUAUAUGGAUAUUGAAUUUGAUUUUAAAGGCGAUCCACUGGGAGGAGUGAUAAGUAACUAUCUUUUAGAGAAAUCUCGAGUUGUUAAGCAGCCAAGAGGUGAAAGAAACUUCCAUGUGUUUUAUCAGCUGCUUUCUGGUGCCUCUGAAGAGCUUCUCAAUAAGCUUAAACUUGAGCGGGAUUUCAGCAGAUAUAACUACCUGAGUCUGGACUCGGCCAAAGUUAAUGGAGUGGAUGAUGCAGCAAAUUUCAGAACCGUUAGGAAUGCCAUGCAAAUCGUGGGUUUCAUGGACCAUGAAGCUGAGUCUGUGUUGGAGGUGGUGGCUGCGGUGUUGAAGCUGGGGAACAUUGAGUUCAAGCCUGAAUCGCGAGUGAAUGGCUUAGAUGAAAGCAAGAUCAAAGAUAAAAACGAGUUAAAAGAAAUUUGCGAGCUGACCGGCAUUGACCAGUCAGUUCUAGAACGAGCUUUCAGCUUCCGAACGGUCGAGGCCAAGCAAGAGAAAGUUUCAACUACACUGAAUGUGGCUCAGGCUUAUUAUGCCCGUGAUGCUCUGGCUAAAAACCUCUACAGCAGGUUGUUUUCAUGGCUGGUAAAUCGAAUCAAUGAAAGCAUUAAGGCACAAACAAAAGUGAGAAAGAAAGUCAUGGGUGUUUUGGACAUUUAUGGCUUCGAAAUUUUUGAGGACAACAGCUUUGAGCAGUUCAUUAUCAAUUACUGUAAUGAAAAGCUGCAACAAAUCUUCAUUGAGCUGACUCUUAAAGAAGAGCAAGAGGAGUAUAUACGGGAGGGCAUAGAAUGGACUCACAUUGAGUACUUCAAUAAUGCUAUCAUUUGUGACCUAAUAGAAAAUAACACAAACGGGAUCCUGGCCAUGCUGGAUGAAGAGUGCCUUAGGCCGGGCACGGUCACGGAUGAGACCUUCUUGGAAAAGCUGAACCAAGUCUGCGCUACCCACCAGCAUUUUGAGAGCAGGAUGAGCAAGUGCUCCCGGUUCCUCAAUGACACUUCCCUUCCUCACAGCUGCUUCAGGAUCCAGCACUAUGCUGGCAAGGUGCUGUACCAAGUGGAAGGAUUUGUGGACAAGAACAAUGACCUUCUCUAUCGGGACCUGUCCCAAGCCAUGUGGAAGGCCGGACACGCCCUCAUCAAAUCUUUGUUUCCCGAAGGAAACCCUGCCAAGAUCAACCUGAAAAGGCCUCCUACAGCCGGCUCACAGUUCAAAGCAUCCGUAGCCACUCUGAUGAAAAAUCUACAGACCAAGAAUCCAAACUACAUUAGGUGUAUCAAACCGAACGAUAAAAAAGCAGCACACAUCUUCAACGAGGGUCUAGUGUGUCAUCAGGUCAGGUAUCUGGGUCUUUUGGAGAACGUCCGCGUGAGAAGGGCAGGCUAUGCCUUCAGGCAGGCCUAUGAACCUUGCCUAGAAAGAUACAAAAUGCUUUGUAAACAAACAUGGCCUCACUGGAAAGGACCAGCAAGAGCUGGUGUGGAAGUUUUGUUUAAUGAAUUGGAGAUUCCUGUGGAAGAAUACUCCUUUGGUAGAUCAAAGAUAUUCAUUAGAAACCCAAGAACAUUAUUCAAAUUAGAAGACCUGAGGAAGCAACGGCUUGAGGACCUGGCCACUCUCAUUCAGAAGAUUUAUCGGGGGUGGAAAUGUCGUACACAUUUCCUGCUGAUGAGAAAAAGCCAAAUCGUGAUUGCUGCCUGGUUCAGGAGAUACGCGCAACAGAAGAGGUAUCAACAGAUAAAGAGCUCUGCCUUGGUAAUUCAGUCUUAUAUCCGGGGUUGGAAGGCCCGGAAAAUCCUGCGGGAACUGAAGCAUCAGAAGCGCUGUGAGGAAGCCGUCACCACCAUUGCAGCAUAUUGGCACGGCACCCAGGCGCGAAGGGAACUGAGCCGGCUGAAGGCGGAGGCUAGGAAUAAACAUGCUAUUGCAGUUAUUUGGGCUUACUGGCUUGGAUCUAAGGCUCGAAGGGAAUUGAAACGCUUGAAGGAGGAGGCUAGGCGUAAGCAUGCAGUUGCUGUCAUUUGGGCUUACUGGCUUGGACUGAAGGUACGCAGGGAGUACAGGAAAUUCUUCAGAGCCAAUGCCGGCAAGAAAAUUUAUGAAUUUACACUUCAGAGAAUUGUGCAAAAAUACUUCUUGGAAAUGAAAAAUAAGGUGCCUUCCUUAUCUCCGAUAGAUAAGAAUUGGCCAUCGAGACCCUACAUGUUCUUGGAUUCUACUCACAAGGAGCUAAAAAGGAUUUUCCACUUGUGGAGGUGUAAAAAAUACAGGGACCAAUUCACAGACCAACAGAAACUUAUCUAUGAAGAGAAGCUAGAAGCCAGUGAACUCUUCAAAGACAAGAAGGCUUUAUAUCCAUCUAGUGUUGGGCAGCCAUUCCAAGGACCUUACCUGGAAAUCAAUAAGAAUCCCAAGUAUAAGAAACUCAAAGAUGCCAUUGAAGAAAAGAUUAUCAUUGCUGAGAUUGUGAACAAAAUUAACCGUGCUAACGGGAAGAGUACAUCCCGUAUUUUCCUCUUAACAAAUAAUAAUCUCCUUCUUGCUGAUCAAAAGUCUGGACAGAUCAAGUCAGAGGUUCCCCUGGUGGAUGUAACCAAAGUAUCCAUGAGCUCACAAAAUGAUGGCUUCUUUGCCAUCCACCUCAAAGAGGGCUGUGAAGCAGCUAGUAAGGGAGACUUUCUCUUCAGCAGUGAUCACCUGAUUGAAAUGGCCACCAAGCUCUAUCGGACGACUCUCAGCCAAACCAAACAGAAGCUCAAUAUUGAAAUUUCUGAUGAGUUCCUGGUGCAGUUCAGGCAAGACAAAGUGUGCGUGAAGUUUAUUCAGGGCAACCAGAAAAACGGGAGUGUCCCAACAUGCAAGCGAAAAAACAACCGCCUCCUUGAAGUUGCUGUCCCUUAACUGGCGCGUCGUCUCUGCUUCCAUGGACUCGUUUCUUUGUAACAGUGCAAUUUGGUUUU